AUGGCCCACUUCUACUCAGCUAUAGCUUCACUUGCGGACAGCCUAAGUCGUUCCUCGGAGUCACGCGAGGUUCAGAUCGCUCUGAAAGGACCCAACUCCAGUCUUCUGUCGUCGUUUCACGUUCCUUCUGGGACUGACAUAACUUUCGCUCAGCACCAAAUCGAGAUACUGGACGCUCUAGUGCAUAGUGGUGGACGCGAACCUGUGGAUGGGCCCCGCUACAUUCAAAUCAAGACCGCGAUCGAACAGUGGAAAUGUGUCAUUGCACCCAUCCGACAAAUCCCAAAUGAAAUCCUCGGACAUAUCUUCAGUUCUCUGGAUAUUGAACUAAUCGAUGGGAUCACGACUCCAUACAGAGAAUUUAGUCUAGUUUCAAAGAAGUGGCAUUCCUUCAUCCAGGACCACCCAGAACUCUGGACCAGUAUCUCCCUCAACCUUCGUGCUCCAGUGAACUCCAGGGUCCUAUCGGCUUGUCUAUCCUACUCCAAGCGACUCCCAGUGCAAAUCUCCCUGCACACUUACGACCGUAUUUACCCAUCGCCCAUACGCGUAGACGAAAAUAUCGUUUCCGCCAUAGUCAACUCUAGGCAACGCUGGAACGAAAUAGCUGUCUACGCAUCCGACAUUCAAACACUCAAAACUCUCGGAAUUCUGGGCGUCCGUCUUCCAAGCUUGAAGUGUCUCGUGGUCCACGCCUCGGCCUACCAGGGACCUCGUGACUUCCUAGGCCAAUUCGGCCCCAUCCCCGUCACCCCUCCAGACCUGAAAGACCUCGUCAUCGGUGACCUACCCAGCUGCACCGAAGUCCAGAUAGUCGGAACAGUAGGGCUAACACGCAUUCUACCACUCGACUCACCCGUCCUCUCUCAGAUCACCGUGCUCGAGCUAUCAGUGAGAGAUCUUGAGGUUGUCCAGCUGCCGGUGGUCGCUGAUUACUUGAGCCGUAUGCCCAAUCUGACUGAAAUCAAGGUGAUCCCACAGGACCACCACCACUGCUAUCUGUACCAUGACUCGUCAGACCCAGCGACACAAAGGGACAUACGGACAAUGACACGGACCAUCCACCUCCCACGCCUGACCUACCUCGGAUUCCCCUUUGGACGAAUAGCGUUCCUCCUGCCCCACAUCCGUGCUCCAAACCUCUCGACUCUCGUGUUCGAGUUUCCUCGCAUCCAAUGGGCCGACUGGCACCGCAGAGGCCUCCUAAUCGUUAGAGACUUUGUGAGGGCACAAAGAGAGCACUACGGCGAUCGAUUCAACGUUUCCAGACUGGAAAUGUGGGGCAUCCCCCGCAACUUUCUUGUACCCCACAUCAUCGAACUUUUCCUCGUUCUGCCCUCUCUUCCAUCGCUUCCAUUGUACGAGCCCAGGUUCCCUUGUGGUACUUAUACUCAGCUAAUUCCCAUCCUCUCCGCACGGAGUGAUAUCCUUCCCAGCCUCAACCAUUUUGAGAUCGUCACUGCAGACGAGGAUGAUGUCCCAGGUCGUGCGGACGAGGUCAGAGAAACAUUGCGCGAGCUUCAAUUCCACCUGACUCGACCCGGUUUGCGACUCGUUUACCAGAGAUUUACUAUCCACCCGCCUGUAUAA